ACAAAACGGCACUGGUAGUAUUGUUUUGUGGAUUGUUGGUUCUGUGUGUGGACUUGGAGCGACUAAUUGGAUUUUUUUCAUAACGAAGUUCUGGGCAAGGCAUCGUGAAAGAAUUCAUGGUUCAAUGCAGAUGCCACCACCUCCAUUACAUGAUGCCCUGCAACCUAGUUCUGUGGCUUCACCAAUAAGACCGCCUUCAUCAGGACCAUUACCAUUUCCACCUAGACAUCAUCCACCACCACCACCACCAUCAGGUGGUAUACCACCUCCACCGCCAGUACUUCCACCCGUGUUAAGUUAUGCAAGCAUACCUUUGCCACUACCAACCGUUCCUCCUUCUCCACCACCUCCACCCAGUACUGGUUUUCCUCAGAUACCAGUACCUUCCAGUAAUGAACCCGGCCCCAGCGAGAUGAUGCAACAAAGACAAGUAUCACUCGCUAUGCCACUACAACCUAUGGGAAUGCUACCGCCCCACACCCAAAAUGCAACCACCAUCUCAAAUGAGCGUGAACUUUGGACAGAGACCGCCGCCUUUUGUUAACUGAUGAGGGGUUUUAUGCCCGA